CAUACUCAACCCUUUCAAAACUGAACCAACCUGUUGAGCGUCAGAGAAAAGGGUGUCGGCAUCUGCCUAAGUCAAUAGAAGCGCUUGGUCUUAUGUAUCGCUAGGGUGAGUCUUCCUGAUUUUUCCACAAACGCCCUCCUGCUUCACUCCGCGCCUGUUAGAGCGAGACUCAGUCUGAAGAUGGCCAAGAUCACCGCACUGCUGCUCAUCACAUUUCUGUCUGUCGUUUAUGCAGAGGAGAAACACAUUGAAGAUGAUGCUUUUACUUUUGAUUAUCACAGACUGCGUGUGGGGGGUCUCAUUCUGGCUGCAGUCUUGUGUCUCAUUGGUAUCACUAUUCUUCUGAGUGGACACUGUAGAUGCAAGUUCAACCAGGACAAAAGGCGGAGGGCAGGAAGCAGUGCUGCCACCCAACAGAUGCUCAAUGAUACAGUGCGAGCCAGUGAAUGCUAGAGUGAAGCGGGGGAGUGAAUGGGAGCCGAAUCCUGCUGCUGACGAAAGAGAGGAUGGAGCGCAGGCACAAUGGGAUCUUUUCAGCAUUACAGGAAAUAAAGGUUUAGAGGAGGGUGGCGGUUUGUUCUCUAGAGUUAGUGACACCUGUGGCGGUCUACCUGUGUACCUGCACUGCCGGGUGCUGAUCCUCGCCAGCGCUCACCCCUUAAAGCUGCAAUCUUUAUAUUAUACUGAUUUCCCAGAACAAUGCUGUGUUAUCUGACUGCUUUUUGAGCUUUUUGGUUUAAAAAUGCAUUUGCAAAAGAGCUCAGAUAUUGUACUCUUCCAUUUGGUCAGAUUCCUGUGUGUAUACAUGCUGGCCCUAUACUGUCUGCUGAUAUAAAGAAACACCCUAAAGCAAUGUCAGAAUGUUUCCAAUGGCUGUAUAAUUAUCAAAAGUAAAAUGUUUGCAAGUGUGUUACAUCAAGAAUUAUGAAAAAAUGUUUUUGGCCAUGGGUGCACGUCUUUUCUUUUUUCUAUGUAUACAAGCAAAAGCUAUUUGAACAUAUGACAGUAAGGUGUUUAAAAUCAGCAGCAUUAAUGUUAUGUCUUCAUGUCAUUUGUUUUACAAGCUUUGUCAGCAUACAGUGAGGCAUAUAUAAAACGGUGUCACAAUAAAGAUACUUUUAGAGGUUGUUUAUAUAUGAGAAUGUUCCCUACCUACAGUUAAUGAACAAAUCAAACAUGAAAAGCAUAGAUUACUUCCAAUUAAACUAUUCGAACAACCAA